AUGAGCUUCAUCUUCCCCCUCGAGACGGCAGAUCAAAAGGCCGUCGUAGCAUGCGGCGUUAUAUUUAGUUUCCUAGCAGUGCUAUCCGUCAUCUUGCGCGUAUUGGCGAGACAUAGGGCGAAUAGAACGCUUGACUGGAGUGACUAUUUUGUCAUUGCAGCAUGUUUCUUCGCUGUCGUCUAUCAAGGCGUCUCUAUCUCCUCCGUUCUAGUAGGUGGAGUAGGUUUCCACGUCGAUGAGAUAAAAAAUAGGUUCGGUAUCGAGUCUGGGGAGGAGAUGUUCCUGAAGCAUACCAUUGCCAACCAGCUACUAUGGGCCAUUAGCCUUUGUCUCUGCAGGGUAUCAAUCCUCGUACUAUCUACCAAGAUCUUUUUGGUGCAGAGUUUUAUCGUAACUGCCAGAAUCACUUAUGUUGUUGUCCUCGGAUGGGGUUUGACCGCCAUCCUCACCGCUUUUCUUCUAUGUAGGCCCUUCGCCUACAACUGGGAUAGAUCAAUCGAGGGAGGAGUUUGUGGAGAUCCUACGGUAUCAUGGGCCGUAACGGGUGUGCUAAACAUGAUUUCUGACAUAAUAAUACUCAUUAUGCCGAUGCCUUACCUGUUGAGAUUAGAGCUGGCAUGGGAAAAGCGGCUUCAGCUAAUGGUAAUCUUCGGUAUACUAGUAUUGCCCUGCAUUGUUAGUGUAGCCCGUAUCGCCGAGAUGAUCAUGAUGGACUUCAACGAUAUCACAUUCAGCUCUCCACACACCAUUUUACUCAGCUCGCUUGAGCCUUGCUUAAGUGUAAUGGCAUCAUGUGCAAUGACUAUGCGUCCCCUUUUCGGCGGUCGAUAUUCGCCUGACGGAACGGCAGGUUUUACCGGUCCCCCUAUAGCACCUCUAACAAAGAGAAAUAGCAACCGUCGAUUCCAAACGCUCAACGAAAAUACGUCUGAAACACGCCUACGCCCCGAAGAAGUAGGGUAUCAGGCAUCGAUAGCAAAAUCUUCGGAGCCAUUUAUGGGUUUCGGUAGGCUGGGCGAGCUAGGUCUUGAAAUGGGAGCAAUUUCGAUAAGGCAAGAAUGGAUUGUAAAGGAGGAGCCUCGUCCAAGCAGUUCGGGUACGGGGAAGGACAAGAGUGUAAGAUGA